AUGCUUCUUCUUGGUCUGCUUGGGGGUAUCGCUGCUCUUGCGGUGCCAACGGUUGCUGCUCCUUCUCGUUCUGUUCCUCGAGAUGUGUCGACUGAUGUGCUUGGUCAAUUAACCCUAUUCUCUCAGUGGGCUGCGGCGUCAUACUGCACGAACAAUAACAAUUCAACCGGCGAUGCGCUAUCCUGCGAGGAAGGCAACUGUCCUUUAGUGGAGUCCGCUGACACAAUUACUCUAUACGAGUUUGAUAAAUCCUGCAGCUAUGGUGAUGUCGCCGGCUUCCUCGCGGUCGACAAAACAAACAAGCUACUCGUCGUCUCAUUCCGGGGUAGCCGCACAAUAAGUACUUGGAUUGCGAACAUCAACUUUGGCUUGACCGAUGCCAGUAGUAUUUGCAGCGAUUGCGAAGCCCACAGCGGGUUCUUGGAAUCCUGGGAGACUGUCGCGGAUGAUCUGACAUCCAAGAUCAAGGCCGCACAGACAACAUACCCGGGCUACACUCUCGUCCUAACAGGCCACAGCUUUGGCGGAGCUGUUGCCACGUUAGGAGGUACUGUGCUUCGAGGUGCGGGAUAUAAACCAAACGUGUAUUCCUAUGGCCAGCCACGGGUGGGCAAUAAGGCUCUGGCUGAACAUAUCACGAACCAGGGCAGUCUUUGGCGAGUGACGCAUCAAGAUGACUUAGUGCCUAAGUUACCACCUGCAAGUGUUGGGUUCAGCCACGCAAGUCCUGAGUACUGGAUUACUAGUGACGACGAUACGACGGUGACCUCGUCUGAUAUUGAUGUCAUUGAAGGCGUGGGUGCGAGUUCUGGAAAUGCGGGGACGUUGAACCCGGAUAUUGAGGCACAUAAUUGGUACUUGGGACAUAUUGAUGCAUGCCAAUAG